AUGUCUCACCAGAAAAAGCAACCCACUCCCACGCCCCCAGUGGGCUGCGGGAAGACCGGCGGCGGCGGUGGCGGCGGCGGUUCUGUAGGCGGCGGCUGCGGCGGAGGCAGCGGCUCUGGGGGCUGUGAUGGCGGCUCCGGAGGGGGCGUCAAAUACUCCGGGGGCGGCGGCUACUCCGGCGGCGGCAGCUCCAGCUGCGGCGGGGGCGGAUCCGGAGGGAGCAUCAAGUACUCUGGGGGCGGUGGCUCCUCCGGGGGCGGCUCCUCCGGGGGCGGCUCCAGCUGCGGAGGCGGCUACUCCGGGGGCGGUGGCGGCUCCUACUCGGGCCAGCAGGUUCCGUGCCAGAGCUACGGAGGAGGCUCCUCCGGGGGCGGCUCCUCCGGCGGCGGCCUGGGCUGCGGCGGCGGCGGCGGCUACACCGGCGGCAGCUCCAGCUGCGGCGGCGGUGGCUCGGGCUACUCCUUGCAGCAGACCACCCAGACCCCCUGCGUGCCCCUGCAGAGCUACGGCGGGGGGUCGUCUGGAGGCGGCAACUGCGGAGGCGGCUCCUCCGGGGGCGGCUCCGGCUGCUUCUCCAGCGGCGGCGGCUCCUCCGGGGGCGGCUCCGGCUGCUUCUCCAGCGGUGGUGGUGGCAGCGGCUCUGGCUGUGGGGGUGGCUCCGACGGUGGCAAAGGCGUCCCGGUCUACAACCAGACCCAGCAGAAGCAGGCGCCUACCUGGCCUUGCAAAUAA